AAGCUUAAUUAGCAUCACUGCUUGAAGUUAACAGGCUGAUUUUCUGGAUAAUUCGAAACAAAGUUAAAAUAUAAUAUUUUCAAAAGGCGUUAAAAGUAAAGUAAAAUUUGCUAAAACCGGAACGCCAGCGAGAUGUCCGUGCGCCACGACUGGUACCAGUCGGAGACCAAAGUGGUCAUCACCGUGCUCCUGAAGAACGCCGCCGACAAAAACUACUCGGUGGAGAUUUCCGAAAACCGGGUCCACAUGACGGCUGAUGGUUAUGAGCUGGAUCUGAAACUGCUACACCCCGUUGUCGUGGAGAGGUCCUCGCACAAGGCCUUCCCCUCCAAGGUGGAGAUCACUCUGGCCAAGGAGACGGGUAUCCGCUGGGAGAACCUAGAAGAGAAGGCCGUAGUGGCUGCGGCUCCCAAGCCCCAGAGCAAAACCAACUGGGACCAACUGGUCAGCGAGGAGGAGAAGAUUGACGAGAAGGAGGCCAAGGGCGAGACGGCCCUCAAUAACCUUUUCAAGAAAAUCUACAGCACAUCCUCCCCGGAGGUCCAAAAGGCCAUGAACAAGUCCUUCUCGGAGUCAGGCGGCACCGUGCUCAGCACCAACUGGAGCGAGGUGGGCAAGGAGAAGGUCACCGUGAAGCCGCCCGAUGGAACCGAGUUCCGCGAGUGGGAGAAAUAGGAUGGAACCCCCCCUGUAUUUUUAAAGUCCGAGAGAGAUUAAGAGAGAAGCACUAUAAUAUAUAUAUUUUUAUCUACGGAUGGUUGACUAGCGAGAGAAGAUGUUAUGAACAGAAACUAACAAGAAUUUUGUUGAAUAAAUUUGAUUUAAGCAUUGCA